UAGGUAAUUGACUGUCGUAAUAAUUUUUAAAUAUUAUAAUAAUCGACGACAUUAGAGGCAUUGGUUCGCCUACCGAUCGAGUUUCAAGGUCUCUUGGAGUCUCGGCGUGGACGUUCCGUCAUAAAUCAUAAUAUUAUAAUAAUUCCGCUGGACACGACAGCUAGUGAGGUGUCGGUCAGCGGUCUAUCAGUUCUCUCUCUAGUGUGCGUGUGCAUGCGCUUUGCGCCCCACCUGAUCGUAAUUAUCAUUAUUAUAAUUAUUAUUAUUAUUAUUAUUAUUGGUUAUUUUCUUUCAUAAUAAUAUUAUUGUAUUUCUCGUGACCACAGACGCGCGCGCACGGUCACGGUGACGGUAUACUCAGUUCUCAUACAUUCACCCGUCGGCACUCGGCGACGACGAAAACGAAAUCUCUCCACGCGACCUGUUUCGUUAUAAUUAUUACCCGUACCACACACGCCAUAGAUCUUUAUAGGCAUAAGUACGCAGUAGUUAUGCCCAAAGUGAACGGCGAUACAUAAUAAUAAUAUACAGAUCGAAACGAUAUCGCUGUGGGUAGUAAUAGUACUUUCCCACCACCGCCGAACGUUUUCCACAUCGCCGCCGCCGCCAGCAGUCGAUUCCGAGCUAUCAAAUGGGCUCGAUAGCGUCCAAGAGCACUGAAGGCUAUUAAUCCGGUAUAUCAUACAGGGAUUGAAUGUUAUUUAUUCGAAGACUAGUAUUUAGAAGUAGUAUACGUUCUCAAUCGCGUGUGUUUUGCAGAACAAUGUCGGGUCCUAAUGAUGAUGUCAUCGAACAAAUUGUGUGUAAUGAAAAUGACAUUCCUGAUAAUGGAAUGCAAGAAUUUGAGAUUGGAAACAAUGGCAACAAAGUCUUAGUUGUAAAACAAAAUAAUGAAUUUUUCGCUGUCGGAUCGAAAUGUUCACAUUAUGGUGCCCCUUUGGUUAAAGGGGCUCUAGGAAAUGGUAUAGUAAGAUGUCCUUGGCAUGGUGCUUGUUUCAACUUGAAAACUGGUGACAUUGAGGAUUUCCCUGGCUUAGAUAGUAUUCCGAGUUUUAAGGUUUCUGUAACCAAUGGCAAUGUAAAAGUAUCCGCCAAGAAGUGUGCACUUGAAAAUGCAAAAUUUGUGAAACCAUUAACUAAACGUAAUCCAGAAAACAAACGUACAUUCAUUAUCAUUGGAAGUGGACCCGCUGGUACAGAAUGUGUAGAAAAAUUAAGACAAGAAGGAUAUGAUGGUCGAUUGAUAUUGAUCACUAAAGACAAUUAUUUGCCAUACGACCGAACAAAACUGAGCAAAGCCUUGAGUUCUGAAGUCAAUAGUAUAUUGUUACGUUCUCAACAGUUUUAUGAAUCUGGAGACAUUGAAAUUCUAACUAAGACUAGUGUAGAAUCAAUUGACACAAGUACAAAAAUUGUAUAUUUAUCAAACAAUGAACAAUUAACAUUUGAUGCUAUGUUUAUCGCUAGUGGAAUGACGCCUCGUUCUACACCAGAAGUUUCCAAGUAUGACAAUGUAUUUACAUUGCGCACAAUAGAGGACGCACAUAAAAUCCAUCAAAGUUUGUCAUCUGAUUGUCAUUUGGUCGUUGUUGGAUCAUCAUUUAUUGGUAUGGAAUUAGCUGCAGCAACCUUUUCUAAAGUAAAAUCUGUGCACGUGAUUGGCCGUAGUGAUGUACCUUUCAAAGAAAGUUUAGGAAAAGAAAUAGGCGAACGAGUGCAAGAAUUAUUUGAAUCCAAAGGCGUUGUGUUUCACAUGAAAACAAGUGUAAAAAAUUACAUUGGUUACAAUAAUCGACUCUCUGAAAUAGAAUUGUCUGAUGGUCAAAAGUUAAAGGCAGAUGUUUGCAUCAUGGCCACUGGAUCAAAGACUAAUGUUGAAUUUUUGGCUGGUUCUAACGUUGUGAUUAACUCUUCUAAUGGUACAAUUGAAGUUGACAAGAAUUUGGAAACUAAUGUGAAAGGAAUCUUUGCUGGUGGAGAUGUUGCCAAUGCUCCUGUCUACCCUUCCAACGCUAAAUCGUCCUUAGGUCAUUGGCAGUUGGCUACUUACCAUGGAAAAGUUGCUGCCUUACAAAUGCUUGGCAAAAAAACUCCUAUUAAAUCUGUGCCCUUCUUCUGGACAGCAUUAUUUGGAACUAGCAUAAGAUUUGCCGGAUACAACCGAGGUUACACUGAUGUUCUAAUUAAUGGUGAUCUUGAAAACUUCAAAGCUGUUGUAUAUUAUUGCAAAGGAAAUGAAGUAGUGGCAGUAGCAACGGUUGGAAGUGAUCCAAUCGCUGCACAAUUUGCUGAAUUAUUGGGAAGUGGUAGGACAUUGAACAAAGAUCAAGCAAUUGACAAUAAAUGGUUGACUGAGGAAGAAGAUACAGUUAUGUGCACCAGGCUAUGAUUAACCGUGCUUUGAAUCAAAAUUAUAAUCUUAAUUUUUUUUCAAUAUUUUGUUAACUAGUAACUUAACAUGUCACAUAUUAUGUAUUUAAAUGUUUAUUAUCACAUUAAUUUAUUUUACAUUUUAUUAUCCUUCAUACAUUCACAGACGUUAAAGUAAACAAACAACCUAUGUUAUUAAGAAUCUAA